GCUGAUGGCCAACAAAAAAAUCUACACGUGCAACUGUCGCAUUUCAAUUUCAAUUGUUUACAUUUAAUUUGCAAACUAAGGAUAAAUAAUGGGCAAGCAAAAGAAAACAAAAAAGAUACAGAAACAACGAAACGGGCAAUUGAAGCGUUUAUUAAAGCCAACCGAUUCCCGGAUAAAGGAGCAACAGCGUCUGAAGCGGACAAAAGCCAAAGAUCCUCAUGAAAUGAAAGUGCACGAAGCAACACAACAGAGUUCCGCACUCUUCUUUCAGUACAACACACAGCUGGGCCCACCAUAUCACAUUGUGCUCGACACGAAUUUCAUUAAUUUUAGCAUUAAGAACAAACUGGAUAUUGUGCAGAAUAUGAUGGAUUGCCUGUACGCCAAAUGCAUACCCUAUAUAUCGGACUGUGUGCGUGCAGAGCUGGAAAAGCUGGGCAACAAGUACAAGCUGGCCCUUCGCAUCAUAUCCGAUCCCCGAUUCGAACGUCUUCCCUGCCUGCACAAGGGCACAUAUGCCGACGACUGUCUGGUGGAGCGAGUGCGUCAGCACAAGUGCUACAUUGUGGCGACCAACGACAAGGACUUAAAGAACCGCAUUCGCAAAAUACCAGGAGUGCCCAUUAUGUACGUUGCUGCACAUAAAUAUGCCAUUGAGCGUAUGCCUGAAGCCUAUGGUGUCAAAGCGUAGUCCCAAUUUAGUCAGAGUUAAGAUUAUACUAUACAAUCGACACGUGUAUCCAAUUUUAAAUAUACCUUAAGCCUUGAUA